AUCGCUGAAGGCAGGUAAAAAUUCUUCCUCCGUUCUAUGAGCUAGUUGAAACUCCAUUAUCCCAUAUCCAUCCACCCUGCCCAUCUCGACCUCCGUCUCCGUCUUCCACCGCCACCGGGAACGCCAUUUUCCUAAUCUCUUAUUGCCUGCGAAUAACCGCUGAUCUCCCACUAUCACCAUGACAUCAUCCCAUCUAUUAUCACCACAUAUGACAGGGGAGGAGGAAUGGUGUGUUGUGACGGGGGGAAGGGGCUUUGCUGCCCGGCAUUUGGUGGAAAUGCUUAUCCGUUCCGGGAUGUUUUCAGUUCGAAUUGCCGACUUGGGCUCCUCUAUCAAGCUAGAACCGUACGAGGAGAAUGGAGCCCUAGGUGAAGCUCUUCGGUCAGGCCGUGCUCAGUACGUGUCUGCAGAUCUUCGAGACAAGGCGCAAGUACGCGAAGCAUUUCAGGGGUCUGAAGUUGUUUUUCACAUGGCUGCUCCGGAUUCAUCUAUUAAUAGCUACCAGCUCCAUCAUUCUGUCAAUGUAGAAGGAACGAAGAAUGUAAUUGAUGCAUGUAUCGAGGUAAAAGUAAAGAGACUUAUCUACACAAGCUCUCCUAGUGUGGUCUUUGAUGGGGUUCAUGGAAUAUUUAAUGGGGAUGAAUCCUUGCCUUAUCCGGCUAAGCAUAAUGAUUCAUAUUCUGCAACUAAAGCUGAAGGAGAGGCAUUAGUCAUCAAGUCAAAUGGUACUAAUGGCCUUUUAACAUGCUGCAUACGUCCUAGCAGCAUUUUUGGCCCUGGUGAUAGGUUGUUGGUGCCAUCUUUAGUUACUGCUGCAAGGGCUGGGAAAUCCAAGUUCAUAAUUGGUGAUGGCAAUAACAUGUAUGAUUUCACUUAUGUUGAAAAUGUGGCACAUGGCCACAUAUGUGCUGAGCGAGCAUUAGCAUCAGGAGGGGUUGUUGCAGAAAGAGCUGCAGGGCAGGCCUAUUUUUUAACUAAUAUGGAGCCGAUCAAAUUUUGGGUGUUUGUCUCGCUUAUUCUCGAGGGUCUUGGCUAUGAAAGGCCAAGGAUAAAGAUUCCUGCUUUUGUCAUGAUGCCGAUUGCACAUGUAGUGGAAUGGACCUAUAAGAUGUUAGCUACAUAUGGGAUGAAGGUUCCGCAACUGACUCCUUCAAGAAUUAGACUCCUCUCCUGCAGUAGGACUUUUAAUUGUUCAAAAGCAAAAGAGCGUCUUGGCUACAUUCCCAUUGUACCACUUGAGGAUGGUUUAAAGAAGACAAUUGAGUCGUACUCACAUCUGAGGGCUGAAAUUAGGCCCAAAAAGGAUGGGCCAUCUAAAGCUUAUAUAUAUUUAGGAAGCGGAAGGGUUGCUGAUAUGCUUCUCUGGAAGGAUAAAAGGCAGACACUUGCCAUGGUUCUAGUAUUGAUUGCAUUUUACUACAGCUUCAUUGCAUCCAGAUAUACAGUUGUUGCUGGAAUUUCUAAGCUUUUGUUGGUUGCGGCAAUAUUCCUGUUCAUCCAUGGCAAUUUACCUGAGAAAAUUUUGGGAUAUACAGUUGAGAAAAUUCCUUCGUCAAAUUUCCACUUCUCAGAGGAGAUGUCAGGCCAAGUUGCUACCUCGGUUGCCUCAUCAUGGAACACUACAGUUCACAUUCUUAAAACCAUUUGCAGAGGGGAUGAUUGGAUGCUGUUCCUCAAGGUUGUUUUCACUCUAUUGGUUAUCAGCUUCAUUGGAGCUAUUUCACUUGAGAGCUUAUUUUGUAAAGGACUUCCUAUUGCUUUUGUAGCUUUCUAUGUGUAUGAGAAAAAUGAGGAAGCAAUUGAUGGCCUGUUUUCGGAAGCUGGCUCUCUUGGAUGCAAAUUUAAGUCUGAACUUGCCAGAAAAUUACACUUCUCCAAAAAAGAUUCAUGAAUGCCCAGCAAUCCAGUUUUUCAUCGGUGCCCAUAUCCAGUUUGUUUUGUAUCAUUAUGAUGAUGUUGCUGUGUAGAGUUAUAAGCUAUUCAAAUUGUUUAAGCAUCGAGCUACACCUUUCACUGUUCUUUGUUUAUAUCUCUUCCAGUUUUUGUAACAAAUGUACUAAAUAUCAAAUUCCUAGUCGAUUUUUUUAUUUAUGGGAAAGCAAACCCUAGCUUAUUUGGAUUGAUUGA